CCCGUAUAUACUAUUUGGAAGGUUAUUCGACCUACCAGAUGGUGAGGAACUUCCCAGAGCGAUUUGACAAGCGCAGCGCACACUAUCCUCUCGAGCUCCGACGACAGCUCUCCACGACAUGCACUUGUCCAAGGUCCUGAGUGCCCUCGCGGGAUCCAUGCUUCUCUUAAUGGACGAGUCUUCCUCGACAGCACAUGCGUCGCCCCUCAUGGGGAUGAAGAAGCUCAAAUGCAAGAAGCUCGUGUACGUGUGUGAGGACGGCUUCACCAAAGUGUAUCCGAAUCCGUUCAACGGAUGUGAGUUUGACUUGUGUCCUGAGGACAUGGUGACCGACGAAGAUGACAGGGGCGAGGAGGACGUGGAUGGUGACGUUGAUGAUGACGAUGACGACGAAGGAUCAUCCGAGGACGACGAGGUCAACGAUCCAGUCGUGUGCAAGAAAGUCGUGCACACGUGCGCCGACGGCCGAACCAAAGUCCAUCCGAAUCCGUUGAACGAUUGCGACUUCGAUCCCUGCCCCGAAGACGUUGCCGCCGAGGACGAUCGCGACGACAUCACGAUUGAAGACCUCAUCGACGAGGACGCCACCACCACCGUCGCGCCCCCCGUCACAACAUCCACACAACAUCACGCCGAAUCCGACAUUGACGACGACGACGACAACCGAGACCCAGACAAGCCGCACACAACCACCGUCGUCCACCCCCCAACUUCCUCUACGACCACCGCCGCGCCGAAAGCAGUGGUGUGGACGUCCAUCGAUGCGUCGAAAGCUCCCGCGGCCGUGCAAGACGCUGUCCAACUCGCGUUUGCCCUGUACAACUCCACGUCAAUCUGCGACAAGUUGAUCUUGUACUACGACUCGAUCGAAGCACACAACGAGACCACAUCCCUACCAAAGCAGCAUCACUUGAAGAAGGACAAAAAAGUACAUAGCACCUUUCACGUGGUGGUAAACGUCGACUGCUACCUUCUCGGGGUCAAGGAAGUCGGCGGCAAGUUCAUUUUGAACUUGGAGCAACACGGUGUGAACGAAGCGCAGCCGUACCAGCUGACCGACUGCGCGCACUUGGAAACGUGGAGUGAAUUGAGCAACUGGCUCGCCGUGCGCAACAACGUCGGGUACUGCGAAACCCCUCGGCAAAAGAAACGCUUCGACCUGCAGCCCCUGCGAUACGUGCACUACCAAGCCAAGACGCUGACCUUGUUGGACACGGUGGUGCGCAACAAAAACUACCUGGCGAUUGUGGCGGCCGUCGCCGGAGCUACCGCGGCACUUCUCUUGCUCGUGACGGUGGUGCUGCUGCGUCGGCGAUACUGUGGCUACCGCAAACUCAAAAUGGACGGCGGGGACGAAUCCCCCGACGGUACCCUGGGGGACGAAGACGCAGGCGUCAAACUUACCCCCCCAACCAAACGGCAACCUCCUGCCAAGGCUGCUACUGCCAGUACCUUUUUGUAAAGCAAACUAUUAUUGACAACCUACAUAUUAAGCACACAAGAGGGCUCACAUGUACAUGUACAUACUUGGAAGUUGUACAUAUUCA